AUGUCGUGGUUGGAUGCACGUGCGGAUGACCACGUGGUUUACGUGUGUUUCGGAAGUCAAGCUGUGUUGAGUGAGGAGCAGACUCUUGCUCUCGCUUCCGCGCUUGAGAAAAGCGGCGUGCAUUUCGUGUGGGCUGUGAAGGAGUCGGUGGAGAGUGACUCGACACGUGGCAACGUCUUGGAGGGUUUUGAUGAUCGUGUGGCUGGGAGGGGUCUUGUGAUCAGAGGAUGGGCUCCACAAGUGGCUGUGCUACAGCACAGAGCAGUUGGAGCGUUUCUGACGCAUUGCGGUUGGAACUCAGUGGUGGAGGCGGUUGUGGCCGGCGUUCUGAUGCUGACGUGGCCGAUGCGAGCGGAUCAGUACACAGACGCGACUCUGGUGGUGGACGAAUUGAAAGUGGGCGUGCGUGCAUGUGAAGGACCAGACACGGUGCCAGAUCCAGACGAGUUGGCUAAAGUUGUUUCUGAUUCCGUGACUGGGAAGCAGGCAGAGAGGAUCAGAGCCAUGAAGCUGAGGAAAGCAGCCUUGGAUGCGAUUCAAGAACGUGGAAGCUCGGUUAAGGAUAUAGAUGGAUUUAUCGAACAUCUCGUUAGCUUAGGACUAAAGAAAUGA